UGUUAAGUAGGAGUAAUAUCUUACUUUCCACUUUCCAGUGCCAGUUUCCACGCCUGCUCUCCUCCCCUAUAUCAAUUUAGGUUCCUUUUUUAAAUUAGAAAAAUUGAAUAUUUGUUCUUGUCCACAAAACCAGGAAAUUUUCGAAAAAAGUUUUCUUCGAAGCUGAAAAUGGUGAUAGAACAAUCAAUUUUGUUGCAGCUGCGUUUUCCGAGGAUUCUCUUUCUUCUUCGUCUUCUUCUGCAGGAAGUAUGCUCAGAUCAUAGAUUUCAGAUUGAGAUGUUAUAUGCUGCUCCUUGUAGCUACAUCAAGAUCCUAAGUAGUUGCACAUGCACAAGCGGAAAUGACACAUUUUAUAAACAUUUGGAAUCCAAACAGCUAAUUAGUCAUCAUUCAAGAGAUGAUUCAACGCCUUCACAUGGAGUCAUUCUGAUAAGUGAUAAUCACCUUCCAAUUCAACCAACUUUCUUAACAGAUUUUUGACUUCUCACAAAUUUAGAGAAAGUCCAGCUACUUCUCUGUGAUCCACCAAUGUACGAAAACAAUGACUUGAAGAUGUUAACUGUAAUUGCUUGCAGAUCUUUCAAUGUUGCCUCAAUUGGAUUGGCCUCAUUAGUCUUGACAACGUCCUGAGUGCCUUUUAAGCACUCUUUGAUCGCCUUCUUGAUUGUCUUUCUGGCUUUUAGGUAUUCAGAGACUUGAUUCGAUACAUUAAGUUUACUGCUACACCUUCUGCGAAGAACUGAUUGUAUAUCUUGAAGCCUUUCCUUUGAUUGUACCAAGACAUCUCUCGAUGUGGAACAAAUGUCGAGGAGUCUUAGAGAUCCAUCCAAAACCUCAUCAACCCAACUGCCAGAUUGAGUUUUCUGAUUAACAGGUAGUUGAAGAAACUCUUCAACACACUUGUACAAAUCAUUAAGGUCGGUAAGUUUAUUUGUCAAUGAUGAAGUAGAAGCAGCUUGAGAAGACCUCACUCUGCACAAUUGUUCUUCUACCUGAUCAGCAACUGGGUGAGAUUUUGAUGGAAAACUUAAAGAUCGAGUGUGGUAAGAGGCCAUUUUUUCAAUGUUGUUUGUUAGUUUGUAUGAAGGAAGAGAGCUUUGAAAUACAAGUUUUGGUUUCAACGCCAAUUUCAUUCUUUCCUUACUCUAUAUAUAUCAAACUAAGAGAAGACAGGAGGAAUCUAAAAAAUAAAUGAAAAGUAACAUGAUUUUGUUUAUUAUAUUGAGGUCUUCCUUGGGCUUGUUUCCUCUUCAGAAACUUGCCAGCUAGCCUACUGGUGAAUGAUUCUAUUAUAUCUUCGUCUUACGCGAUGUUUGUUCUGUGUUUAUCAUUAGCCAACCUAUCCAGCUAACGUAUUUCUUGCAUAUCUCUUACUUCAAUGAAAAUCAUUUUUUUUAUAUUGCUCAGCAACCACAUACUGAACCAUGAUCCAGAAAAGGUGGUGUGUACACAAGUUCUAUUGACAAGAAAAGUCUCAAGGCAGGAAUGCUCAAUGAUUUGACAACGAUGCACACGAGUAGAAUUGAAUUCUGGCUAUAAUAUUAUAAUUCUGAGAAUUUUCGGCAUGAUCCUAGAGUGUAGGUAAGUGCAUUCAUGGAAACAGCAAACCAUGAUCCACUUUUCUUGUGCCAAAAUGUCGGGAGUUCCUAUGGACAAACGUAAUCUUGACAGACUAGCUGUAGUGACUAUGUGGUUAUUUUGAAAAGCUAUUUAUAUUUUCCAAAACUUGAUCAAUGUUCUGAACUUCAGCUUUAGGUUUCACCAAUUGUGGAAAAGAGCUAGCAUUGCCAAUGCUAAUCUAACAACAUAAUGUAAGUUUUGGAUAUUGUGUGGAAAGUGGAGACGCCCAUCAUCUUGUGGCAAUGCCGAGAGUUUGGCGAUGGGAAUUCGUAUACUACCUGGUUAGUGACAGUUCGGUAACACUCUAGUCUCAGAGAUUUAGGAACGGGAUCAAGUUCUUUGGUGCCGAAUGAGAAGUACAGUGUGAUUCAGGGCAAGGGUUUCUUUUGGCACUCUGCUGGUGCUGAAUGAGAAAUGGAAGGUUACCUGAUACCCAUUCAGGAGAAAAUUGAGUUUGGACGAGGUGCUGAAGAUUCCCAGAUCGACAAUUGAUAUUGGUUGAGUUUUCUUCUACUUCCUAAAUAAUAUUUGAUCAAUUCUAUUUCCUAGUGUGUUUAAUUAUCAAACAUGUACAUGAAUGUGAAUCAAUUGGAGCCUGAAGUUGAUAUGUAAGUGUAAUUUGUAGAAAAAUAGAGAUUAUUUAGGAAGAAGAAUUGAUCAAUAUUUAGACUUAUUCUAGCUUAACCUUUAUCCCUAAUUUGAGGGAUUUCUAUUUGGUUAAUUUUUUAACUUGUAAUCCUUAUGAAAAAGAAUAAGAGUUGAGGACUAAAAGCGCUAACGGCCCGUUUGGUAGGUGUUAUUAAACAGUGAUAAUGAGAAUGAAAAUUGGAGUAAUUUUGAUUGAAAAAUCUCUUGCUACUUUAAUGGUCAUGCUUGUCCAAUUUAGAUCAUCUCAUUUUCUUUUCAUUUCAAUGCAUUGCUAUUGGGAGAGGGGAAAUUUGGUAGUAAUGAAAAUUUAUAAGCAAAAAAAAUAUUUUUAUUAUCGAAGUUUUAUUACCAUGGGAAUAAUAUGAAACUUUUGAUGAAAUUUUAUACUAUAAAUCAUUCUCAUUACCACCAUUUAGUACUACUAACCUAACAGGUCGUUAAAGAAUUUUGUAUU